UUUUUUUUUUCUUCUUUUUCUUAUUUCUUUUUAUGUGGUUAAAAUCAAAGAAUCUUAUUUACUUUUCACCCACUGAGAAUAUUGCACAAGAAACAAAUCAAACUCAACAAACAACACAUCAAAGCAAGUCUAAACUAAACCAGAAUGAAUCCAAUAGCCAUGAACACAAAAUCAUGCUAUAUAUGAAUACAGAAAAAACAAAACAAGUCUUCAUACAGAAUAAAGAGACAGUCAAAGACGAACAAGCCAUGUUUGAACUUUUAAUGCAGGCCUGGAAAGAAGAUAUUGAGCAACAAUAUAAAGAUACAGCAUCACAGACUGUAGAAACAGAAAUAUCAACACCUGUUGUAUACAAGGACAAGACUGAGUUAGAAGAAGCACUCAAGGUCUCUGUUGAACGUAUGACAAGCAAUAAAAUGGACGGAUUUGAUGUACUAUGCCAAGAGAUUGCUGAUAUCAACACACCGCUAUAUCAAAGUAUUCAAGAAAUAGACCACCUAUUCAACAGCCAUGGACCAUGGCAAAUAGACUUUAAAAUGAAGAUGUAUAAAUGCUUUGAUAUUCAAUAUGAUCCAUAUUAUGUCAAUAUGUUAAGGAGACAUAUGCAUAUCAACACAGAAGAAUGUUUAGAUAGUUAUUUACUGGCAUGUCAUGCACUGGCCAGGUAUUAUGCCAUUCCUUUUGACUAGGUA